CCGCCCGCGCGGCCCACGCACGCACGCGCGCGCACGGACGGACGGACGCACGGACAGACGGAGAGCGGCGUCUGCGGGCUCCGGGCCCGGCCAAGGCCACCCCAAGGUCACCCGCGCUCCCCGGCGGAGGAGACCCGCCGUGCCCAUGGCCUCCUCCAAGCCGCUGGCCCGCUUCUGGGAGUGGGGCAGGAACAUCGUCUGCGUGGGGAGGAACUACGCGGAGCACGCCAAGGAGAUGGGCAGCGCGCUGCCCCGGGAGCCCCUCUUCUUCCUCAAGCCUUCCUCGGCCUACGUGCGUGAAGGCUCGCCCGUCCUGCGGCCCUACUACUGCAGCAACCUGCACCACGAGGUGGAGCUGGGGGUGGUGAUCGGGAAGAGGGCGCAGGCCGUGCCCCAGGAGGCCGCGAUGGAGCACGUCGCAGGCUAUGCCCUGUGCUUGGACAUGACCGCCAGGGACACCCAGGAGGAGUGCAAAAAGAAGGGGCUGCCCUGGACCUUGGCCAAGGGCUUCAGUACGUCCUGCCCCGUCAGCGACUUCGUGCCCAAGGAUAGGAUCCCAGACCCUCACAAGCUGAAGAUCUGGCUCAAGGUGAAUGGAAAGCUGAGGCAGGAGGGGGAGACCUCCUCUAUGAUCUUCUCCAUCCCCCACCUGAUCAGCUACAUCAGUGAAAUUGUCACCUUGGAAGAAGGGGACUUGAUUCUGACAGGGUCUCCCAAAGGAGUUGGAUCUCUGCAGGUAAACGAUGAGAUAGAGGCUGGGAUAAGUGACAUCCUGUCCAUGCGGUUCAAGGUGGCACAGCAAACACGUCGAUCCUAACCAAGACCCUCACUGUGACCCCGCUCUGCACAGCGAGAAGCACUUUAGGGAAUGGCUGGUGAAUGAAAAGACAUGCAGGCAUGUCUGCUGCCCUGGAUGUUAAACACUUCUGUGGCCCAAGUGUCCAGCUGACCAUCAGGCAUCAAAAAUACGUAGCCUAUGAGCUCUGAAGGCCUUUGACUGAAACAGCCCCCAUGUCCACAGAGGCUUCCUCUGAGGCUGUGAAUCUGCAGAGGGGGUUGAUUGCUUAACUGAGGUCAGGCCAGGAGUCCAGACCAGCCUCAAGGAGCUGGUUAAUAUCUAAACUGCAGUUGGGAGCUUUCUGUGCAGACAGUGUGCCAUACAGCUGUAAAGGAGCUGGAGAAAUGAAAACAGGGUAGAAAAUGCAGCAGCGGGGUGGCUGUCACUAUGUUUCCCCUUCCAUUCUACUGAUAUUUUGAGCUUUGCCAAUGUUUCACCUUCAAAUAAAAAUUAAAACAUUAAAAUGGUAA